AUGCGUUUCCCAUUCAUCUUUUUGCUGUGUGUUUUCCAUUUGAAAGUUUUCUUUCUUGCUGCAAAGGCCUCACCCAGACUUUCGCUAUCCUCUCCGAUUCGUAAACAGAAUGUAUUUACUACGCUGCCUACGUCUUUGGUUCGCAGAGCAGGUGCAAUGAGUGUUUCGGAUUCUUCUAGUAGUACCUCUAGUUCCAGCAAUCGAAAGUCUUUGUCUUCCGGUAAAACUUCAUCCUCUAUCUCCGAUAUUAUUAGCACUUCUGAUGCUUCUGGGACCUCUGUUUCCUCGUCUCAUAAAAAUGCUACGGACGGGUUUAUCACUGAAUAUGUGACCAUUCAACCUACUACGCUCAUUACAACUAUUUUCCAAUAUACCUCUUUGGCUUCUACUAUACCCGCGCAGAGUGGUUUAGCCUCUUUGGUUCCUCAAUCUUAUUCUCCCUACGGCAGUGCUGGUGCUCUUAUUGGAAUUUUAGUCGGCGUGAUUGUGGGAAGUGUGUUUGUCUUUGCCAUCGUCAUGGUGGUAGCACGUAUAUGGGGACCUCGUCUUUUGGCUAAUAAAAAAAAUAACGAAGAAAGUGAUGGAAAUUUUCAAGAUGACCCUGAAGUCAAGCAAGAAAGAAUCCCACAAAUUACUUAUGCUUCUAAUUUUUAG